AUGACUGACAUAAAUGCCCGGUUCAAGAUUAAUAUCUCAUAUUCUCAAGCUUGGAGAGCCAAGUGUUAUGCCUUGGAACUGUUGAGGGGGUCACCAGAAGCAUCGUUUGCCCAACUUCCAGCUUAUUGUCACAAUUUAAAGUUGAAAAAUCCUGGGUCGGUAACUCAUAUCAAAACAGAUAAAGAUGGACGUUUUAAGUUGUUGUUUAUCGCCAUUGGUGCAGCGAUACGUUCGUUUGUUUCUUUCUUGCGACCAGUUAUUAUAGUUGAUGCGGCACAUCUAAAAGGUCGAUAUCUUGGAACGAACUUAUUAGCAGUAGGCAUGGAUGCUAAUAAUGGGAUACUACCAAUAGCUUAUGGGGUUGGCAAAUCUGAAACCUCUGAUUCGUGGACAUGGUUUAUGGGGCAUCUUAGAGAUUGCAUGGGUACGGUUAGCAAUUUGACAAUCAUAUCCGAUAGGGCAAACUCAAUUGAUAUGGCUAUUAGAAGGUGUUUUCGAGAUGCUUUUUAUGGACUUUGUGCUGUUCAUUUGUAUAGAAAUCUAAGAUCAAGGUCUCCUGGUAUUAAACAUCACCAAUGGACAUACUGGAAAGCGGUGAAAGCUUAUCGAGAAGUGGAUUUUAAUAGGCAUAUAAAUCGUUUGAGACAUGUUAUGCCCGAGUCUGCCCAAACACUAGAAGCUAUUGGGUUUGAAAGAUGGUCAAGAGUGCACACUCUUGGAGCAAGGUAUGGUUUCAUGACAUCUAAUAGUGCAGAAUCAAUCAACUCUCUAAGUCGCCAUUCAAGGAAAUUACCCAUUACUAUGUUAAUGGAGUUUUUCCGCGCAUCUCUGCAAGAGUGGUAUUAUAGGAAAAUAAAUGUUGCAGAAUCAUUAGAACGUCGUGUUACACCAUGGACCGAAAAAAAGAUUGCAAAACGUGUUGUGAAGUCAACUUCUUGGAGAGUUGAACCAUGUUCAAACACAUUGUUUGAAGUUAUAGAUCAUAAUUUGAAUGGGCUUGUCGAUCUAGAUGCAAAGACGUGUACUUGUGGAAAAUGGCAAACUUCUGGUUUUCCAUGUGGUCAUGUUAUAAAAGUUGCUCUUCAUCUAAACCAAGAUGAUUCAAGUGUAUACGCUAUGGAGUGUUACACUUCGGAAACAUAUCGUCAAACGUAUGCCGAGAUUGUCUAUCCCAUACCACAUCCAUCUGAAUGGGAGAUACCCGAUGACUUACAAACAGUUUUGCCACCGGUUAUGGACAGAAGGCUACCUGGCCACCCCAAAAAUCAUGAUCGUAUUCCGUCUAAGGGUGAGGAGAAGAAAAACCCGACUUGUAGUCGUUGUAAGGAACGUGGUCAUACAAGGAUGACAUGUGGAGCACCGAAGCCAUCACAAACAUCUUUUCCUCUGCCCACAGAAUAUGGAUCUUCGUCAAAAUUAAAAGUUCAUUCGGCGGCAAGUAAAGGGAAAUCGAGAUCCCAACCAAAGUCAAAAUCACACUCAUCACCUUUUGGGACUAUCAACCUAAGUGAUUUUUAG